UACUACGUAUUAAAAUUAUUUGAUGGAACGUAAAACGAGGAUACAAUCAAUUUUGAAGAAACCAGAGAGAGGAGAUAAAAAUCUGUAGACAGAGUUGUUUUGUCGAUCUUUGAAAGACCUAAAAACCAGCCGAUCCUCCCAACCUGUCGAUCAAUUCGCUCGUGAAUGAAUGCAUGACGAUCCCGUUAUCGUUUCAUCCGAGUGGGUCACCGACACUUCGACGGGAUUUUACUCAUAGCCGCUUCGAACGUGUGCGUAUCGAACCUAUGCCGUGAGCAAACCGUUCCCGUUCAAGCUUGGUGGGGACUUCGACAGGACCGUCUCUUCUCAGGAAAGAAGAGAAUGGGAGGGGAUCUGGAAAGUGGAGCCAAGUUUCAGCCGUCCCUGGAAACCAGAUGGGGUCUGAAAGCGUGCUCGCCUUCGAGGAACAUGUCCAUACAGUAUUAGUGUCCGCGGGAACGAGUAACCUGUCGUAUCUUUUUAUCUUUCUAUCGUGGAAUAUCACCAAAGGCUCGUAAUUUUGCGGAUUUUUCGAUAAUCGAGAGUACGAGAGUAAUUAUUCAACGGUGGACGUUGAAGAGAAGAUAUCUCGAAGAAGAAACGUUUCGAGACAAUUAUCGAGUAUUUUGCAAAACUAAACGAUAACUAAAACUGGAUAGACAAGUAUGAAGAUCGCCACGACCUUGUUCCUCUUCGUAGUUGUCGGAUGCACGUGGCGGGAGACACUAGGGACGUGCGUGUUUCAGUCGGACUUUGGUUUCGUGCUUAACUGCGCCUUCAAAAAAUCCGGCCUCUUUCGAGUACGAAAUCUUGGAGGUGUCAAAGGCUACGUCGGCCUGGGAUUUUCGGUGGGCGACGAGCUGGGUUUUGGUCAGUCUCUGUCCAAUGUAGAGGCUUUGAAAAGAAGAAGUGUACAGACAAAUAGAAUUGGAUCAUCGUCCUAUACUAAUUUGGCGACCAAUCGAGAUGAUCAGAGACAGCACACUCAAAACACUCGACAAGUGGUGCCUCCUUUCAAACCUUUGCCACCUGGAGCAGCAAGGCCGAUAGCUCAGCAACCAGAACGACAAAAGUUGGUGGUACAACAAAAUUCCACGGUCCUUAGAACCAUACCAGCACCUUCCUUAUCAGCAACGCAGCAAGAUUUGUUGAGGCAACAGCAACUGAUGCAAGAAGCCAAACAGAAACAGCAAUUGAAACUACAACAAGAAGCUUUCGCGUUGCAAGUGUUGAAGCAACAGAGGCUACAACAACAGGAAGCCAUGAGACAGCAGCAACUGCAGAAACUUCAACAACAAAAACAAAUGGUGGCUCAACAACAGAAAAGGCAUCAACAGGUCGUUCCAAUGCAAGUGAUAAGGGAUCAGACAUCACCACAAAUGCUCGCAGUUGCAGCUGCAGUGCCAGGAAAAUUGCCAAAUAUCGUUGCUGCCAUACCACCAGCUGGUAGCAUCGUAGAACCAGAUACUUCUAAAUCAACGAAUGAUGGCUUACCACCCUUUAUUUCGAUGCCACAAUCGUCUGCUCAAUUGACUGAUCGAAUCAGCAACAAUCCAGCUAUUUUAGAGGAUUCUGAUAAUGAAGUGUCGAAAGACGAUUUCAGUCAGCUUCCUCUGCCCGGGGAUGAAGUCGCCUCCUCGGUCAACGAGAUGACUUUACUUUCUCUUCACCCAAUGCCGCUCCAAUCAGCUGAAUUCAAUAAAUCGCAACAGCAAACCGACAAACGACAAUCGAUGCCAUCCUCAUCAUCGUUGCCAUUGUCACUUCCGUCUUUAGCGCCCAUUCAGGGAAUGGAGACGUCGUUGAAAGCUCUCGCGGAAGCUAGUAACAUCACCUUGGAAGCUCUGGAAGCGGCUAUUCUUCUCAGACAGCAACAGCUUAUGCGAAAACAUCAAGGACCGACCAGUACUAGCACUACGACUACAACCAUGUCUCCACACAAAAACAAAUAUAAUUCUGGAGCCACUAAAGUAAUGAAUGCACCACGUGAGUAUUAUCCAAUGGGAUACGAUAAGAACUUUGAUGACAAUUUCGCAAGUCGAGUGGAUCUUCCAGACACGAGCUUUUAUUGCGGUGAUCAAAAGCAUUUUCCAGGACUUUAUGCCGACGAAGAUCUUGGAUGCAUGGUGUUUCAUGUCUGUGCAUUGACAGACGAUGGGCUGAUUAUGAAGAGCUUCCUCUGUCCUGAAUCUACCCUGUUCGAUCAAACGAUUCUAAAGUGUAAUUGGUGGUUCUACGUAGAUUGCAAAGCCUCGAAAAGUUUGUACGAUAGUAAUAUCCCAAUUAGCAAAAGUUAUCAACUUAUGAAAGCCUUAGCAUUCUUUUCAGCGUACAAAAAUCACGAUAAUAGUACAAUUUCUGCUCAAGAAAAUUUAGAAAACUCAGAAUAAUUCCUGAACUUGCUAAAGGAACUAAAUCCUCGUAUCUAGUUUAUUAUUGUAGUUCUCGUAUAAUUUUUUAAUCGGUUCUACGAUUGCCAAUUCAUUUUCUUUUGAUCCAUUAAGCUUUGGAAUUUGUUAAAAUCAGUUUCUUUAUUUAUUUUAAUAUGGAGCUAAGUUUUUUUGUUCAAUUUCUGUCAUUAUUAUAAAAAUUUUAAAUUAGUAAAUAAUUUUUAAUUGUUUGCUUUAUCUCGAUGGUUUAUCUUAAUGGAUUAAAAGGAACUUUUCUUGAUGCGUAAAAUAAAGGAUGUACAGUAUUGCCUUGCUAAUUAACUAGAAUUUUGCUUUGCUGAGAAAUUGAACAAUUAAUAAUCAACAUUAUUAUAUUCAUUUGUUCACACAGAAAAAGCAAAAUAAACCAUUUCCUAUAUAUUAUUCAAAUGAUAUCCUAAUCAUUUGUUACUUAGCUGCCACUGAGCAAGGCAUUUCUGUAUUUUAAAAGUUAUUCGUUUUGUGAUAUGACAAUUCUCUUCUUUCUAUCACUGCCGUCAUAAUUCAAAACGAUAAAUAUGUACAUAUAAUUUAUUGCAUUAUAAUAUGUGAUAGGUGUAGUGAAUAAUUUUUAAUUAAUAGUGUUAUUAGCGUUGUAAAUAGUAUCGUGUUGAUACUUUCGUUGAUGUGGCUUGUUUAAUGAUGAUUCCAUUUUUGUUGACAUGACUGUUUUUCUAUAUAGUUGAAAUAAAAAAGAAAGAAAAAAAGAAAGAAAGAACAUAGAAAG